AUGGUUCUGUGCGUUGUCGUUGGAUGUGGAAGGAAAAGUGGAAAGGGAAACACCCAAGGAUUUUUUCGUAUACCAUCAGUUGUUAAACAUCAAGGCGAAGAGUUCGAAGAUCUCACCACUGAGAGGAUAAAUAGUUGGAUUUCGGCGAUAAGUCGAGACGAUACUGAUACGAAGAACGUCCUGGAAAACGAGCGAGUUUGUGAACGCCACUUUGUGUCAGGAAGGCCGUCACCGAACUGGGACAAAUUUAACGUCGAUUGGAUACCGACCUUAAACUUAGGUAAACGAAUACACAAACAGAAAGACGUCGAGGCUGCGACAAAAAGAGCCGAGAGAGCAAAGGCUCGAAGGAAAGAGUCAUUGAACGACAAGAGAAUGAAGCUGCAAGGAAAAGAAAGCUCUUGGACCAAAGAGGCGAACAGGUUGCUAACAUGGACUUUAGGGAAGCGUCAACGAGUACUUCAUCCGAAAUAG